CUUGGACAUGUAGUGUACCAAGUAGUGCGCUAUGGCAGCUUUAGAAGGCAUUUCUUUACAGCCUAUGUAGUGCCACCAGUCAGGGAGUUUGGGGUCGUUUGGGAUUCAGCCCAAAUUUUUCGGCUGCCUGUGUUUAGCUGAUCUGAAUUGUGCUAAUUCUGACAUUUAACUCCGGAAACACAAAUGUAAAAGCGCUAACAGUCUCCACGGGGCGAAUAUCAACCUCGGCGCUACUUUAGCUGUCAAACAGCGUUGUCAUUUGGACUUAUUUAUCAAACUGGAUACAGACUGCUAUAUUUGCACAGUACCAGCGAUCCUGAACGGUUUUCUGGGUUUGCCUGCAUCUUCUUCUGCUUGGAUUUCUCUUCAGUGCUGCUGAGAGAUGAUCCACAUGGACAGACUGAAGAUACACAAGAUUACUGUGGUUAAUUCCACUCAGAACAUCUACAGCCUUCUUCAUGGUUUCUAUCUUGGAAUGCUCCAGCAGAACUAAAGUGCGAGUGAGCAGCCAUGUCUCGGGUGGUGAAGAAGCGGCAGGCCGACCCCAAAGUGGUGCAGUACGUGUGGUCAGCCAUCAAAGUGAUUCGCAGCCAGAAGCAGAUCGCUAACAUGGACCGAAUCUCAAAGUAUUUAAGCCGUGUGAAUGGGAUGCACCCCAAAGAGACCUCCAGACAGCUGGUAUUAGCGGUGAAGGACGGCCUGGUGGUGGAGACGCUCACUGUGGGAUGUAAGGGCUCUAAAGCUGGAGUAGAGCAGGAGGGAUACUGGCUACCUGGAGACGAAAUGGAGCAGGAGUCUGAGGGGGAAAAGGACUGGGAGGCAGAGAGUCACGACUGGUACUGUUUUGAGUGUCAUCUUCCAGGAGACGUAUUGGAGUGCGACAGCUGCUUCCGAGUCUAUCACCUCCGCUGUCUCACUGACGAGCUUCGGCCCAGAGACACCACCUCUCACUGGCAGUGCACUGUCUGCAGGGGCAGUAAAAGAAGAAACUUUACUAAACAGGAAAUGGUCAUAUAUCUGAGGUUCAUACUUGCACGUAUGAAAGAACGGGCCAUUGACCUGCACAAGAGAGGCAAAGAGACCAAGCAGGCCAUGUACCGGAGGCUGAUCCACACGGCCCUGGAUGUAGAUAACAUUCAGGAGAACAUUUCUGAGGGCAAGUACAAGAACUUUGAGGAGUUUAAAGCAGAUGCUCAGUUGAUUGUCCACAACACUGCGAUUCUGCACGGAGCACGCAAUGAGCAAACUGAAAUUGCCAGACUUCUCUACAAUGACACGUGCCAUGAGUUGAAUGAGUUGAUGUUGUGCAGAAACUGUUUCCAUCUAUCCAACGCUCGGCCUGAAAACUGGUUCUGUUAUCCCUGUGUUCCAAGUCAUGAGCUGGUGUGGGCUAGAAUGAAGGGUUUUGGUUACUGGCCUGCAAAAGUCAUGCAGCGAGAAGGGAACCAGGUUGAUGUUCGCUUUUUUGGUCACCAACACCAGAGAGCUUGGAUCCCUUCAGACAACAUUCAGGAGAUUUCGGUAAACGUGCAACAGCUGCAGGUGAAGCGCAGUAGUGGCUGGAAAAAGGCGUGUGAGGAACUGGAGCUCCAUCAGCGCUUCCUCCGUGAGGGACGAACAUGGAAGGGACGCACUGACGAGCGACAGGACGAGGCAGAGUCCAGCAUCUCCUCCACCAGCAACGAGCAGUCAAAGAGUAAUCUGGAGCCAAAAGCAAAAAAGAGUCGCCGUUCACAACCACCAGAACCCAAAGAGGAGCAGGAGCCUGAGCCUGAAGUGGAGGCAGUGAGUUCAAGUCAGGAGAUUCCCACCGCGGCUCCUCACCAGCCUGAGCGUAUGUCCGUCUCAACACAAACCAAAAAGUCUUCAUCAUCAUCCUCGUCUCCUGUUCCCCGCAUGCUGCAUCGUGCCACACAGACACUUAAUGAGGGCAGCUGUCAAAACAUGUGCCAUGACAAGUACACCAAGAUCUUCAGUGAAGUCAAGGAGAUGAUGAAGGCAGAAAACAAACGUGAGACAGAGCGAGUGCUGAAGGAGGCACUGGACAAGCUGAGGGUGGAGAUGGAGGAGGAGAAGAGGCAGGCGGUGAGUAAAGCGGUGGCGAGCACGCAGGUGGAGAUGGAGCGCAAAUGUAAGCAGGUAAAGGAGAAAUGUAAAGAGGAGCUGGUGGAGGAGAUGAAGAAGAUGGUAAAUCAACACAAGCAGCUUGUCUCUCAGACCAAGAAGAAGCAGUGGUGCUAUAACUGUGAGGAGGAAGCGAUGUACCACUGCUGCUGGAACACGUCGUACUGUUCCAUCAAGUGCCAGCAGGAACACUGGCACGCCGAUCACAAACGCACCUGUCGCAGGAAGAGAUGAGCAGCAGCCAAUCACAACAGACCAUUUUAGCUCCACCCACCUACGUCACGCCCGAUGGAUGAUUUCCAUCACCCCACGUUUUAAACACUUUCCUCAAAAUAGACAUUUUUCCUCAGUAAAGCUGAGGCACAACAUGGCGAGGAACCGAUUUUACCUUUUAUUUGAUUUUAUUUUAUUUUAUGUAAAUCUUUCAUUUGCUGUAAAAUGAAAAGAGCCUUGCUUGCCUACAAACUAACUAAAAUGUGAAGUAAUAACCUUUUUAAACAUGUGGUUCUGAAUCA